AUGUUUGUGUUUCUUGCCGAGCCUGCCCUGAUUUCGGAGGAGACGCUUGCGAAGCGUCCCGGCGUGAGGCCCUGUUUGGUCCAAUACCUUUUGGACGAUGGCGAGCACGAACUUGGCAGCCAACUCACAGAGGGCCUUCUCAGACUUGAGUUCAAUGGCGAGCUUCUCCUCUUGAGUAAGACCCUCGUCUUCAUCCUCCUCGUCGUCGGAGUCAUCAUCAUCCAUGGGCUCUUCGUCUUCGGCCGGCUCGUUGAGAACCUUCUUUGUCCGCUUGGCAAAGCUCCGCUCAACACCGUCGUAAAUGGAGAUGAGCUCAGGCAAGAGCUUGGGCUCGAGCUCAUGUGCAAGCCUCGCGAGCUUCUUGUAGUUGGCGUUUCCGCGAGACUCUUCCGUCCAGUUACGCAAGGAACCGAAGAGGACGUGAAUAUCGCAAAGAGCACCAGUGGCGAAAAUGCGAAUUUCGUCAAUUACAGCUCGCGACGACAAAGUCUUGAUCAGACCCGUGUCGUACUUUUUGCGCAGGACGGCGAUUCGGUCCACAAUGGAGUCAGGGAUUUCGGUUUCGCUUUGGAUGAACUUCUGAAAGCUCCGCACCUUCCACAUGAAGUAGAACUGAAUGCCCUUGAUUGCAAAGGACGUGACCUCAUCUUCCAAGUCAUCAACUUCGCUGGGUUCAUUGAAAGUGCCCCGACGGACAAUGUUGACCAGGAUAUCGAUCGUGGACGACAUUGA